UCCCGCCCGCCCGCGAGCCUCCCGGGGAACCCCUCUGGACUCUACCAGGCGGGCUCGGAGUGCGCGUGCCGAGAACGGUGUGCGCGUGCCAGCGAUCCGGGCUGGACCACAAUCCCGGGCUGCGGGGCCGCAGCCCCCCGGGGAGGGGAACACAGCUCCGGACCGGGCUGCGCUCGCACCGGCCGCUCCCACCUGAACCGCGUCUCUCCAGGCUGGUCCCAGGAGCAGAGGCUAGAGGGCCGCAGGGAGGAUGCAGCUCUGACUAGAAUGCCAAGGCGCAGCCCAGCCCAGCUGUCCACCACGCAGAAUCCCAUAUGGUCCCCCGAGCCAGGAGUAGUUCCUGAGUGCAAAGCCAGGAGUAACCCCUGUGCAUCAUCGCCGGGUGUGACCCAAAAAGAAAAAAAAAAGGAAAGACCCCCCUGAAAGGAUGCGAGAGAGGGCCACGUGGGACCAGAGCAGGGGCGUCUGGCUGCGGGUGCUAGGCCUGGCCUGCCUGUGGCCACUGCUGGCCUCAGCUUCCACGCAGCCUCCAACUGUCGCAGUCCUUGGCCAGCAGGGCGCAUGUGAGGUGGUGGCCGCUCACCGCUGCUGUAACCGGAACCACAUCGAGGAGCGCUCACAGACAGUCAAGUGCUCCUGCUUUCCCGGCCAGGUGGCCGGCACCACGCGCGCAAGGCCAUCCUGUGUAGAUGCCUCCAUCGUCGUGCAGAGGUGGUGGUGUCAGAUGGAGCCCUGUCUGCAGGGGGAGGAAUGCAGAGUGCUCCCAGACCUGUCAGGAUGGAGCUGCAGCAGCGGCCACAAGGUCAAAACCACCAAGGUCACACCAUAGCUCAAUUGACUAUGGAUUGAGGAAUGGACCCAAUUAUCAGCAGAACAUUUGGAGAUUCAUCUCUGGGGCACUCCCCACCCACUGUCCAACAGAACUCAAGUCUGCCCAGGGACAUUUCCAUUCUGCAUUCGAUCCCCACGUCUCCACCUU